ACUUCGCCUGUCAUUUUUGUAAAGGAAUCAUCAACUGUAAUUUCCAGUAGGGGUAAGGCUCGUUCUAGGUGGGGCUGCACCCCCUGGCUACGGGCCUGUCGACUCUUCUUCCAUACUUCCCCCGCCCUCCCGCCAGACCUCCCGAUACUAUUGUCCUUUACCAAAAAAAAAAUAUCACGCCAUUCUCAAAAGCUUAUAGCCUUUAUGGGAAAAUUCAAAGGGCGCUUCUACAAAGAUUCAUUUAAAUACAGAAGGCUACUUCUCCGUCACGCUGAUGCACUAGUGAUACUUUGCACACAAUGCUACUCCAAAAAUACUCGCGGGGGCUUCUUCAGAAUGUCAGUGAAGCAACGGCUAAUUUAUGGACGUUCUUCGAAGAAAAAUGCUAAUGAAGUGCCUGACCUUGGCGUUAGUGACGAGCAAUGACCAUCUAUACGUUGUACGUGAUUGCCCAGUUUUUACAGACCGGUUCGGGUUUCUUAAUUUGCAACAAUUAAGAAGUUCAAUCAACUCUAAACGGCCAGCAACUGAAAACAGAGAGAGGGAACUUUCGAAUAACAAUCCCGGAGUACAGGCUUUGAGUGCAUAGAAUAAUAUGUUUCUUCUGCAAAAGGUGAAGAAAAAUUGUGCAAGAUGAAUUACAUCACGGUGGCACUUUGUAUUCUGCUUGCGAUCGAAGGCGAAGUGCGAUCGGACGGGGCUUACAGCUACAUUGUGGUGGGGUCCGGUUCUGGAGGCGCGGUCGUUGCCAAUCGCCUCUCCGAAGAUCCUAACGUUAAGGUUCUCCUAUUGGAAUCGGGCGGUCCGCCAAUGGCCCGAACGGAAAAGCCGGUAACGGCGUCCGUCGAGCAGUUUACACGGCAAAACUGGAAUUACCUCAUGGAAAAACAGGACAAUUUCGGUUUAGGUUUGGUGGAUGGAAUCAUGGGAUACCCGCGAGGAAGGGUUCUGGGAGGAACGACUGUUAUUAACUACAUGAUCCACAUCCGCGGAAACAAGGCGGACUACAACCGGUGGGCGAAUUUGGGCAACCCGGGCUGGUCGUACGACGAGGUGCUCCCGUAUUUUCGCAAAUCGGAGGACUCCACGGUGAAGAUUUCCGACGAAAAGUACCGUGGGCACGGUGGUUUACUGUCAGUGUCCGACGUGCCUUACAGAACCGAAUCGGUACACGCCUUCGUGAAGGCUUGCCAGGAGGCCGGCUACCCUUACGUGGAUUACAAUGGGAGAAAUCAACUUGGAGUGUCGUACGUACAGGGCGCGUUACGUGGAGGUCGACGGUGCAGUGCGGAAAAAGCGUUCAUUCGCCCCGCGCGAGCCAGGCCGAACUUGCGCAUUCGACUCAACAGUCACGUAACCAAAGUACUCAUCGAGCCCGGCACGAAACGAGCAUUCGGAGUCGAGUACCUCCACUCGAACCAAAGGUACGUCGUGAACGCCACCAUUGAGGUAAUACUCAGCGCUGGUGCCUUCCACUCCCCUCAAAUACUGAUGCUGUCCGGUAUCGGCCCCCGGGACCAUUUACUCGAAUUGGGAAUACCGCUCGUGCAAGACCUUCCCGUUGGAAAAAAUCUGUACGACCACCUCACCUUCCUGGGACUGAUGUUCACAGUAAACAAGCCGAUUGUUGCACCGUUCUGGGACACGUUCUCGAUCAGGAGCCUCUUAGAGUUCCUACUCUUCGGGAGGGGUCCGAUGACCUCACUUGGAGGAGUUGAAGCUUUGGCAUACUUCAAAACCAACGUCACCUCCUACCCCGAGGAUUACCCAGACAUGGAACUCAUCUUCAUCGGCGGUGGUCUGCACACGGACUCCGGCACGAUUUACCGAAGAAUGUUUAGAGUGUCCGACGCAUGGUACUACCCCCUUUGGCAACCUUUGGAAGCUAAGUACGCGUACUCCAUCCUUCCAAUGCACCUGCACCCGAAAUCCCACGGACACAUGAAGCUGAGGUCGACGAAGCCACUCGAUCCGCCUCGAUUUUACGGCAACUACCUCACCGACCCCAACAACGAAGACGUCAAGGAAUUCAUCGCGGCGGUACGCGAAAGCCAAAGGAUCAUGCGGUCCCCCGCCUUGCAACGAUACGGAGCGGAGCAGGUCAAAACCGUCGUGCCCGGGUGCGAAAUGCCCCAGUACGACAGCGACGCCUACUGGGAGUGCGCACUUCGACACCUAACGACGACGUUGCACCAUCAGAUAAUGACAUGCAAAAUGGGACCGUCGUCGGACCCUGAGGCGGUGGUCGACCCCAGACUGCGAGUGUACGGUGUGAAGAGGUUAAGAGUGAUCGACACCAGCGUCAUACCUACCACGAUAUCGGCGCACGUGAGCGCGGUUGGGUACGUGGUGGGGGAGAAGGGGUCCGAUUUAAUAAAGGAAGAUUAUCAGAGGUUGCUGCGCGAGAAUAUGGACGGAACAAUGUAGUGACAUUUUUCAUUAUUAGCACAUUUUUUGAAAAUUAAAAAAAAUGUGCUAUUGUUUGCCUUUUAUCCGUUCGUCCGUCCGUCCGUCCGGACUCACUUCUGCUGUGUUCAACUACUUUAGGGAUUUAGGGGUCAGGGGUUUAGAGUCCUGGAAUUUGCGGUAGGUAGUCGAUGCCGAUGUUCUAGACCGUAAUCAAAUUGCACUCACCCGAUCACCGCUCUCUUUUCGUUAGGAACCCGUCGGUAAACCACACGAGACCCUCCGCUUUGAGGAACGGGCAAUAUAACAUAUGAGUUCAUCCACUGCUUCCUGUCCCGGAGAGUGCUGAGUUCAUAUGAACCCGGAAGAACAUGCCAUAAUUUAAAAAAAAGAAACAUUUAAUUCUGGAAUAGGGUACUUAAUUAGCACCUAAUUAGCACCUAAUUAUUAGUUGGUUUACUUUUCAUUUUCUUGGGUUUUUAAGGUAGCGCUCUGAUGACUUCAUAUGAACUUAACAGAACAUGUUACAAUUUUAACAAAAAGGAGCAUUUAA